CAGGGAGCAGCAGGGUAUGCCAAACAUACCUUAACUAAAGCAGUGCCAGCCAAGGUAUGAGCACGGCUAUACUAAUCCCUCUUUUGCUUUUCAUUUUAACGCUGCUUGUAAGAAUCGAGAGAAAUGGAAUUGCAAUACUGUUUGUUCAAAACCAAUCUGUGCUAGUUUAAGUUUCCUUUCCACUCCCCAAUAAUUCCCUUUGUGUUAUUCUGUGUGCAUCGAAAGCCACCAUUUUUAGCUCGUAAUCACUUGAAUUCUGAACACCCACCGACCUAUAUAGUCAAUACGCUGCCAGUCCUUUGCAAGCGAGGUUCUCGGGAUGGCUGGGGUGUCUUUAGGUUUCAUAGUCUAGGGAGGACGCGUACGCGGGAUGGGGUAGACACGGAAGAAAGGGAACGAGCCGCAAAUGUCCACCCCGCCCAGCCCCGCAGGUUUGCGUGUGCGCCACGGCCCGGGGCCCCGCUGCGCUCCCCACGCGCGCUGCGCUCGCUCGGCCCGGGGAAGGGAACCGGGGAGGGAACCGGGGAAGGGAACCGGGAAGGGAACCCGCGUGGUGCGGCGCCGGCGCCCGCAGCCUCGCAGUGCGCUUGCUUUGCAGGGCAUGCCCCCGCUCAGCCCCGAGAAGCCCGCCCUGUGCGCCGGCUGCGGGGGCAAGAUCUCGGACAGGUACUACCUGCUGGCCGUGGACAAACAGUGGCACCUGAGGUGCCUGAAGUGCUGUGAAUGUAAGCUGGCCCUCGAGUCCGAGCUCACCUGCUUCGCCAAGGACGGCAGCAUUUACUGCAAGGAGGAUUACUACAGAAGGUUCUCUGUGCAGAGAUGUGCCCGCUGCCACCUUGGCAUCUCCGCCUCCGAGAUGGUUAUGCGCGCCCGGGACUCCGUCUACCACCUGAGCUGCUUCACCUGCUCCACCUGCAACAAGACCCUGACGACGGGCGACCACUUCGGCAUGAAGGACAGCCUGGUGUACUGCCGCGCGCACUUCGAGGCGCUGCUGCAGGGCGAGUACCCGCCGCCGCUGAGCUACACCGAGCUGGCGGCCAAGGGCGGCGGCCUGGCCCUGCCCUACUUCAACGGCGCGGGCACGGUGCAGAAGGGGCGGCCCCGGAAGCGGAAGAGCCCGGCCCUGGGGGUGGACAUCGUCAGUUACAACUCAGGUUGUAAUGAGAACGAGGCGGACCACUUGGACAGGGACCAGCAGCCUUACCCGCCCUCUCAGAAGACCAAGCGCAUGCGGACUUCCUUCAAGCACCACCAACUGCGGACCAUGAAGUCCUACUUCGCCAUCAACCACAACCCGGACGCCAAGGACCUCAAGCAGCUCGCCCAGAAAACAGGCCUGACCAAGAGAGUUUUGCAGGGAGAACAAAUCUUGGGGCAUUACAGCCAAACAUCCCGACGUUUGAAAAUUCCCUAAAGUAUUAAAAGAAGGGGAAAAGUUUGAUCGGAAAUCCACUGCAGUGAAGACAAAGACACUAUUAGGUUAUGAUAAUCAUACAUUUAAAAAUUUAUUGAGCCAAAAGAGAGAGCGAGAGAGAGAGAAAGAGAGAGAGAGAGAGACUUAAAUGUCAUUUAUUGAAUGUUAACAAAGCUUGUGUUCUUUAUGGUGUCUAACACAAAUGAAGGCUUAAAAUUAUGUGGUUUAAAACAAAGUUAGACAAACCUUGUAUAAACCAGAGCAACCUGGCAGUAAUAUGCCCACCCCAUAUUUGAAGAAAAAUUUUACUGAAAAAAAAGAUUCCACACAUUUGUCAAGCACAAAUAGUUGUAAAAUAAAGUCCAAAAAACAUUCAUUUCACCUGCUUGCUAAUGUGUAUUAGUCCUGUUAAUGGCAUUUUCCAAUUGUAAAUUCAAAGAAAAGCUAUCAUUCAUUUAAGAGUAUAGGGAUCAAAAUCCAGUAAUUUUAGUAUCAUUGUUUAUUACUUCCUUUUUAAACAGAAAUCUCUGCAUGCACUUUCACCUCUAGUGUACAUCUCUGUAUGAUGACUUAUCUUUGCUGUUCCUUGUAUGAUAAAUAGCUUUCAUUAAUAAACAUUUUAUUUGAUGCAAACAUAGUUAACUUUAUGUUAAAUACACUGUUGAAAUUAAUUUUGAACACUGUCUUAAAGAGGCAGCCCAGAACAUUUACAACUUGCUAUGAAAAAAUCUAAACGUUAGAACAAGGUUAAAUUUUAGUAAUCAUGGAUAAAAUGACUUACUUGGUUUUUAACUUUUCAUGACUUAAUUUUCAUUAGUUGUAUUCA